UCUACUUGAGUAAAGGUGUGUACUCUUGUCCUCUCUGUUUGUCCUGCAUGUCUCUCUUCCUCUCUAACGCAUGCCUCUUUCUCACGCUGCUUUCUGACGGAUAGCGGAAGGGUAAGAGCUCUAAAGAUCAGAUUAAGAUCAGUCGUUUCUCUUCUCGUGAGAGCAAAGCGGUUUCUCCUCGCCGGGCGUUACCCACGGAGCUGCUGAGGAACCCGGGGACUACUCUCAGUCAGAACAAGGAGAACCUGGUCCUGGCCAUGGAGGAGCUGCAGAGACCCGGUAAAAACAAGAACAUCGCGGACAUUAGGAAGGCGGCGUCCAAACAGCGACUCCGACCGACUCCGGGGGAAAACACGCUGAUGGAGGUCGCCAGGGAGAUUAAAGCUGUCCAAAGAAAACCCAUCGCGGUGCAAAGUGUUAGCUCUCCACACACACAGGUGUUUCAUCUGAAUGAGCAGGAGAGUCUAUCGGAGGUCAGGUCCAAAUCUAAAGAGGGUAAAGACUUAUCGAAGAAAUCUAAGAACGAGAAAAACCAAAAGGAGGCGAAGGCGGAAGUUGGGGAGGGAACUCCGAAAAAGGCGUCAAAGCUGGGCCUCGUCGCUGGAGCCGCCUCCAUCGCAGCGGGGGCGCUGAUAAUGCACCAGGUGGCGUCCAGAGGUUUGAAUUCACCAUGGCCAUCUUUAUCAGAGAGCGUCAGCGGCGUGCUGACGGAGCAGAGGACACGGUCUGAGUCUCACGAUGAAGAUUAUAGAAACAAAUCAGCCGUGAGCAUCAACAUCAUCCCUCAGAGUCCUGAAGGAGGCAAGGAAACAAGUCAGGAGGAGAGAGAGGAAGAGGGAGAGGAGGAAGGAGAGGAAGUCAGUCACAGCGUGGAGAAGGUGACAGAAGAUGAUGAAGAGGACAGCAACACUCUUCAACCAGAGGAGGAGACUGAUGAAGGAGAGGAGGUGAGUAAGGAUGAGGAAGAGGAAGUCAGUCACAGCGUGGAUCAAGAAGAAGAAGAAGACGGCAACACACUUCAAACAGAGGAUGAUGAAGACGAAGAUAAGAGCAGUGCUGAGGAAGAGGAAGGGUCGAGUAAUGAGACAGAGAGCGCAGGAAGAGAGUCUGAAAGUGAGGAGGAAGAGGAGGGGGAUUUGGGAGAGUGAGAGUGAGGAAGAGGAGGGAGA